AUGGGCUGCUCCUGCCGGCUGCUGCUGUGGCUGGGAGCUGCCGGAACUAUUCUCUGCUCCAACACGGAGUUCCAGGCACCUUUGCUAACAUCCUCGCCCUUGCCAGUCUCCAAUUUCCAGGAGCAGAAAGUCACCCCCACGCCCAGUAGACUGGAGCCAGCUUCCCUCCCAAAUCCUCUAGGCGCACGGGGGCCUUGGGUGUUCAGCACCUGUGGCGCCAGCGGCCGGCGGGGGCCCACACAGACACAGUGCGACGGGGCAUACACAGGAAGCAGCGUGGCGGUGACGGUGGGAGCUGCUGGGCCGCUGCAAGGCGUGCAGCUGUGGCGGGCGCCAGACACGGGCCAGUACCUGAUCUCCGCCUACGGAGCCGCGGGCGGCAAAGGCGCCAGAAACCACCUGUCCCGGGCGCACGGCAUCUUCCUCUCGGCGGUCUUCUUCCUCAGUCGAGGGGAGCCGUUGUACAUCCUUGUGGGGCAGCAGGGCGAGGACGCCUGUCCUGGAGGGAGCCCUGAGAGCCAGCUCGUCUGUCUGGGAGAGUCGUGGGCCACUGGAGAGCAUGCGGCAACGGAUGGGACCGUAAGGGUCCCAGGCUGGAGACGCUGGGCCGGCGGGGGCGGGGGUGGCGGGGGUGCCACCUACAUCUUCCGGCUGCGCGCGGGGGAGCCAGAGCCGCUGCUGGUGGCGGCGGGAGGCGGCGGGAGGGGCUACUGGAGGCGACCGGACCGAGGCCGGACUCAGGCGGCCCCCGAGAAACUGGAGAACCGCGCGGCGGCGCCUGGGAGCAGCGGGAGAGGAGGCGCGGCAGGUGGAGGAGGCGGCUGGACGUCGCUGGCCCCCUCUCCGCAGGCGGGACGCUCCCUGCGGGAAGGGGCCGAGGGCGGCGAGGGCUGCGCGGAGGCCUGGGCCACGCUCCGCUGGGCCGCGGCUGGAGGCUUCGGGGGCGGCGGCGGGGCCUGCUCGGCGGGCGGCGGCGGCGGUGGCUACCGGGGUGGUGAUACUUCAGAGUCUGACAUCCUCUGGGCUGACGGGGAAGAUGGCAUAUCCUUUGUACACCCCAGCAGCGAGCUCUACCUGCAGCCUUUGGCAGUCACAGAGGGCCAUGGGGAGGUGGAGAUCCGAAAGCACCCCAACUGCAGUCACUGCUCUUUCAAAGACUGCCAGUGGCAGGCAGAGCUCCAGAUGGCUGAAUGCAUCUGCCCAGAGGGCAUGGAGCUGGCUGUGGAUAAUGUCACUUGCAUGGACCUGCCAACCACCGCAAGCCCUCUGAUUCUGAUGGGAGCCAUAGUGGCAGCCUUGACAUUGAGCCUCCUUAUGAUGUGUGGAGUCCUAAUUCUAGUGAACCAGAAGAAGUGGCAGAACCUGUGGGGGACCAGGCUGCCAGGCCCUGAGCUUGAGCUGAGCAAGCUUCGAACCUCUGCCAUCAGGACAGCCCCUAAUCCCUACUACUGCCAGGUGGGGCUCAGCCCUGCCCAGUCCUGGCCUCUGCCCCCAGGGCUCACUGAGGUUUCCCCGGCCAACGUCACUCUACUUAGAGCCCUUGGCCAUGGUGCCUUUGGGGAGGUGUAUGAGGGACUAGUGAUUGGUCUUCCUGGGGACCCCAGCCCUCUGCAGGUGGCUAUCAAGACGCUGCCAGAGCUCUGCUCCCGACAGGAUGAACUGGACUUUCUCAUGGAGGCUCUCAUCAUCAGCAAGUUCAGCCAUCAGAACAUCGUUCGCUGUGUGGGCCUCAGCUUCCAGGCUGCCCCUCGACUUAUUCUGCUGGAGCUGAUGUCUGGUGGGGAUAUGAAGAGUUUUCUGAGACAUAGCAGACCACACCCGGGCCAGCCAUCACUUCUGGCCAUGCAGGACCUGUUGCAGCUGGCCCAGGAUAUCGCCCAGGGAUGCCACUACCUGGAGGAAAACCACUUCAUCCACAGAGACAUUGCCGCCCGUAACUGUCUGCUGAGCUGCACCGGCCCCGGCCGAGUGGCUAAGAUUGGAGACUUUGGAAUGGCAAGAGACAUCUACCGGGCCAGUUAUUACCGUAAGGGGGGCCGGGCCUUGCUCCCCGUCAAGUGGAUGCCCCCAGAAGCUCUCCUGGAGGGCAUUUUCACAUCCAAGACAGACUCCUGGUCUUUCGGGGUACUGCUCUGGGAGAUCUUCUCACUGGGUUAUAUGCCCUACCCUGGGCAUACCAACCAGGAGGUCCUAGACUUCAUUGUCACAGGGAGCCGGAUGGACCCUCCUAGGAACUGCCCUGGGCCAGUGUACAGGAUCAUGACCCAGUGUUGGCAGCAUCAACCUGAGCUCCGCCCUGACUUUGCCAGCAUCUUGGAGCGCCUUCAAUACUGCACUCAGGAUCCUGAUGUGCUGAAUUCACCCCUGCCGGUGGAACCAGGGCCCAUUCUAGAGGAGGAAGGGGCUUCUGGGCUGGGGAACAGGUCCUUGGAGGGUCUUAGAUCCCCACAGGCCCUGGAGCUGAGUUCAGAGAACUUGAAAAGCUGGGGAGGAGGCCUUCUUGGCUCUUGGCUGCCCUCUGGCCUCAAGGCCCUCAAAUCCAGAUGCUUCCGACCUCAGAACAUUUGGAACCCCACCUAUGGCUCUUGGACCCCAAGGGACCCCAAGGAUGGAGAUUCAGGCGCUGACUUCAGCAAUGGCUUGUCCUCGCAUUCCUUCCCAGGCAUCUAGAUGGCUUGUUAGUCCAGUAGCCUCUGCCCCUGCAGUCUAUGCAGUCUACGAC